GUGAGUGAAAGGAAGGCUCGCGGCUUCACAGUGAGGACGAGGAUAUGAGACGACGCAACUUGCCCAAGGAAGAAAUCUGUGCGGAAUGCACCGUGGCUGGUGAGACGUGGCACCGGCGCGCGUGGUGAGGGGGUGGAAGAGGUGGCACCAGCGCGAGGGGGCACCCAGCUGGCACCCAGAGAUAAACAAUAACACGGGAGAGGAGCAUGUCGGAGGAGACGACUCUACCCCAUUUUUUCUCAGAGCUCUCUCCUCUAUACCCCAACGUCACUCAAGAUGGCAAAAUUGACACGGUGCAAUUUCUCGAGGCCUCGAAAUCCUUCAUCCAGAUGUAUGAUCUACUUGGGACGACAUUUUAUAUUGUGAAAAAGGAUAUGUCAGGCAACAUAGAGAAGCUUUAUAAGACAUACAACAAGGCCCCAGAGAAGUAUAAGUAUCUCAAUGAUCUCAUUUUUGAAGAGCGAAAUGACCCUAACAUAUUUGCAGUAGAUGCUCUGCUUUGGCUCAAAAGAGCCUUGGAAUUCACAGUGCUGUUCAUAAACGGAAUCUGUGAGGAGGAAGACAAGGGCAUGCGGUCAGAGAAACUUGAUCACCUGGCCACUGAGGCAUACAAUCAAACCCUGAAACAUUUCCACAAGUGGCUAGUACAAAAUUUGUUCAAGAUGGUGGUAAAAUCAGUCCCAUAUAGAUCAGACCUGGUUAAAUCUAUGUACUUUGGGAAAACUGGCUCAGAGAAAACACUCUAUAAGGACCUUCUUGCUUAUAUUAAACAAUUGGAAACCAAUUUAAAAGUAAUAGUACAAAUGUAUGAUGAAUGGGGCCUUGAUAGUGACAAGAAGGUAUAAUUAUGGAUGACCCAAGACGUAUGUAAAUAUAUUAUGCCUUGGGAACAUCAGUUUUGGAUACUCUUUAAUUUUUUGUGUGCAUCUACACACACACACACAAGUAUACAUAUGUACACACAAAUGAACCUGCCAAGGUUGACCUGAAAGUCACUCAGAGAAAAUCAGAUGCUCUAGAGAUAGACAUUAAAAGUACAGUACCUCUAGGAGCCAGCGAUUACUGUGUCCUGAUGCUCGACUAAUUAUUGGAAUAGUUCAGAAUACUUUACUUCAUAUAUGUAAGUUCAGCUUUAGAGUGCAGUGCUAGUGUGGAGCCACAUUUUUAGAUCACAAAAGCUUGGAAAUGUUCAGGGUAUACCACAAAGGUUUUCGCAUAAAUAUAUCACAUAAGCUUCGGUGUAAGCCUAGUAUUUUACAGCAAAAUUUUGUCCAAGAAUUAUAAGUGUUGAACUUUGGGCAAGAGAGUUAAAUUUCUCAUUGUAGUAAAGACUCGGGUUUUGUGUUCAAUCACGUGUGGACAAAGAUGAACUGUUCACAGGGGUCGGACCAGGAUGAUGGGGAACACAUGAAAACUGAAGAGGUCAAGGGUCCAAAGUUAUGCAAAAAAAGUCUUCAGUGGAAGGGGAGAGUAAAAUACAUUUGGAGAGGAAGUAAUGUAGGGGAAAACCUCAUACACAAAUUCAAAUGUUAAUAUGCCAAAGCUCAUAGGAUUUGAGAGUCAUCCCCAAGUUCAUUCAGGGUUACGAGGCAGCUUAUGCCUUUCGAACUCACAUAUGGGAAAACAAACAAACACACACACACACACACACUCUGGUUUAUUUCUGUAAAGAAAAAAUGUUUAUGACCAAUUUAAUUUUGUUAAUUUCUGUACAUGCUGUACAUAAGAGUAUCACAUUAAUAAGUCCUCAUUAUUGAUGAGUGCAUAAUAUUUUUGUUAUAAUCAAUUAUUAUAUUUUCCAGUAUUCCUGCGCACUUAAUUACAGUUCAUUAAGUGUUGUGAAAAAUGUUUCUAAUUACUAUUAAUGUGAUCUUUUGUGUACAAAAUUUUAUCUAAAUAUUUUAUCUUUAAAAUCUACUACUGAGAUACCCAUAUAAAUUCACAAUUUAUUUGAUAAUAAUAAUUAAUAAAAAUAAAAAUAAUGAUAUUUAUUUAGAAGAGUGUGCGUACAAAGAACAUAAAAGGAAGGGACAAUUGUAGACAUAGGUGUUGCACAAACUAAUGAAGCCACUGUUCCGCAAAGCCUGACUCCGUCACAAGGCUGACUAAAUAUACAGUAUAUGCUAGGGAUUUUCUCAUCUCUGCAGUAAAUAUAUAUUGAGUGGUGACUACACAUUCGAGACACAUGCAGCAGUUGUACCAUGCACUUGGAAAAUUUCCCUCUAUCAUAUUUACAUAUUGCAGUACACAUAUUGAAAAGAUUGCAUGACAAAAUAUUUCUAGCAGUGAGGCAGUAGCUUACUGAGGCAUUAUAUGCAAAUCAAAACUUUGCAUAGUGCAAAUACCUCAUGAAAAUUAUACAUUUUGUAAUAACUUUUAUUUAUACCAUAAAUAUUUAGUAACACAGUACAUGUCCAUGAAUAUAGUACAGUAUAUUGUUGUUGUUGUUGUUGUUAUAAAUUCAGCUACUAGGAACAAAAGUUCCAAGUAGCAUGGCCUAUGGUGAGCCCAUAGUGGACUUGCACACACAUACAGUAUGGUACUGUACUUUCAUUAGAUAAUAAUCUGUGGUGUAUAGUAGUGGUUAACACAUUCACCCACUCGACUUGUAAACGAAAAUGCCCCAGAUCCAAAUUCUGGUCAGGGUGGGAUGACUGGGCACUGUUCCUUCAAUGUUUGCUCUUGUGCACUCACAAGUAAUUAGGGAUAUAUCCGUAUGUAAGAAAAUAUUGCUGAUCAUAUUUGGUGGAAAAUAGAGCGCUCAAUAAUGUAACCAGUACUAAGAUCUAUGCACCAGUAAAAAAAAUUAGCACACUAAUAGAUUAUGAUUACAAUAGUGUGUGGCGCUAGAAGUGGAGCUGAUCUCUGUAGAAAUUUAAAUUUGUUACUGGCUCUACCAUAUUUAUCUAUUGAAUAGGGAUGAGAUUUCACACAAUGAAAAUGAUGAAACACUAGAUAACUGAUCCAAGGGAACAGAAUAACUAAAUGGCUAGGGUAUGGGGGGAACCAAUCUCAUUGUCCGCUUAGCCAGCAAGGAGUGAGAGAGCAACCUUCUAGAUACAAUACCAGAAAAUGAAAAUAAACAUUCAUGAAUAUACAGUACUUAUGAUUUAUAUAUACAGUAGUGUACUUUCAAAACUAUUGUAAACAAUGAUUUAGUAAGAAGUAACUAGGAAUUGAAAAAUAUGAAGACCUUUUAAUAAUUAAAUUUUAUUAUACAUUCUAAGAAUUAGCUUGUGGGAGGAUAGGUUAUUUUCUGUAUUGCAGAAAGGCAUAACCUUUUUUAGUGUAUUGUAGGAGAUUAAUCAAGAAGGGUAAAGUGAGUGUUCAAAUACUACCAAUUACAUAUUACUGGUAAUAUAAUUUCAGACAUUUAGCUGUUAAUUUAUUUUAUUUUUGAUAAACUUUUGUUAUUAAAACAAAGUUCAGUGUGAUAGUUUGGUAUGUCUUACUCUUGGCAUGUGAAGGCACUCACAAAUGUUUCAACAAACAUGUGAGGUCUUGCUGCAGUCUUUAACACUUGAAUGAGCUUUGGAAGAUUGUGUGCUCAGUGCAUUUGAUAGGGGAAGUAACUUACAGUAUAUGAAUGAUCCUCAUUUGAUAUGGGGACAGUUUACAUGAACAAGUCACCUUUGAUAUGGGAAAUAGUUACUAUUUCAUAAAGGAAGCAGCUGAUUUAAUGUGACAGUGUUACAUUACAUUCAAAGUUUUUCUUGAGAUUACAUUAGUAUCAGACUAGUUUGCAUGAUGACUGGGAGCAACUGUUACCUGCUCUUGCUCCAUAAUAGACCUGUGUGCAAACUCUGGUUAUACAAGUUUGAUACUGUGGAUAAAGCAGUGCCAUGACAGUACCCAAUCAUGACUACUUCACCAAGGUAGGAGAAACAAUUUUGUUAUUACUGUAUAUAAUAUUAAUAUUUAUAUCUGGUAGGGUCACCUCAAUUGCUCUCCAAGUUCAGGACUGGUCUGGCCAAGCCUUAAAAUGAUGCACCAGACUUCUGAAACCAGCCCCUGCCCACUGAGAGCCAAGAGCAGAAUCUGACUUUACUCUUUAUGAGGUGAGAGUAGCUUGAGGAUCAGAGAUGAACCUUAAACUAGGAACAAAAAUAAAAAUGGGACAGUAUAACUGCAAUCACACAAGCAACAGCUUGAAGAAAAUUUGGUUCCCACAAAUAAUGAACUAAAUGACUGCUUCUUUGGUGUGAACAACUUGACUAAUAUGCACCUGACCAUGUAAUAGUCCAGGUCACCUGAGGUCCCGAGCCUGCCCCUUUGCUCGCUUACUUGAUCACAGCAUUAGGAGCAUGCUUAACUCUUCAACUGUGCAUAUCAACCAGAGUGGUUUGAUCUGUGGUGGUCAUGUGUACCCGGGUCGUUUGAUCGGCAGUGCACAUGCCAAUCAGGGUAGUAUUUAGGUCCAGAGUAAGUUUUGAAGCUCUCAUGGGUACAUAGGGCUCACAUCUGCUUGCUCAGACCUCUAGUGAACAGAUGCCAUCUUGAAAGAAAAAAGUGGUACCCCCUCCAAGGCAUAAGGGUCUUGGUACUAAUAUAGCAAACAUGAGUUUGCUAUAGUCUUUAAUUAAAGAGUUUCAAAUAAAGAUAUGAUAGAGCCCAAUAGGUUCGGGUAUUGGUGAUUAUUGUGCAAGCUAUAUAUACUGUAUAAUAUCCAUAAGAAGAUAAAUCGAUCUAAUGUUUCAGUAAGGGAAGUCAGAUUGAGGAAGUGGGGGGGGGGAGGAAGGAUUGCUCACCUAGUUGUACUAACCUAGUUGUUCUUGUGGGGGUUGAGCUUUGGCUCUUUGGUCCCACGUCUCGACCAUCAAUCAACUGGUGUACAGAUUCCCGAA